CCGAGCUUAGGGCAAAACUAACCACCUCAUAGAUUGAGAUUGCCAUUAAUCAUCACACAAAAAACACAAUUGAGAGAAUGCGUGUAGAAGUGUGAUGGUGAAUCAACCCACUGUACAAGUUGUUGUUGUUGGUGUUACUCCUGAGUCCUGGCUCAACCGAAACCCAAUUCAAGCAUGACCGACGAUACCACCUUCUCUCCCUCCGACCACGCCUUGUCCCCAUGCCCUAAUCUCGACAUCACCAUAGAAGAAGGUUCUCAAAACAGCGACCAACUGCUUGAGCAUGAUGGUGACCUUGAGAAUGACCAUGGAACUGAGCAAUUAUUUGAGAUUGAUGGUGAUGACCAUGAAGGCAAUGACCUUGAGAAUGAAUGUGAGCAACUGUUUGAGAUUGAAGGCAAUGACCUUGAAACUGACAGGGAUGAUACAACCAUAGUUGAUUUUCAAAAUGGCAUAUCUGAAAGAAAGGACUAUCCCCCACCAGUUGUGGGGAUGGAGUUUGAAUCAUAUGAUGAUGCUUACAAUUAUUAUAAUUGCUAUGCCAGGGAACUUGGAUUUGCCAUCAGGGUGAAGUCUUCUUGGACAAAACGCAACAGCAAAGAGAAGCGUGGUGCAGUGCUGUGUUGCAAUUGUGAGGGUUUUAAAAUGAUUAAAGAAGCAAACAGUCGCAGGAAAGAAACAAGAACAGGUUGUCUUGCAAUGAUUAGGUUGAGGUUAGUGGAAUCUAACAGGUGGAGAGUUGAUGAAGUCAAGCUUGAACACAACCAUUCAUUUGAUCCUGAAAGAGCGCAAAACUCCAAGUCACACAAGAAGAUGGUGAUUGGGGAUAAAAGAAAGUUAGAACCAACUGUUGAUGUGGAAGUACGAACAAUCAAGUUGUAUCGAACACCUGUAGUAGAUGCAAUGGGAUAUGGAAGCUCAAACUCUAAUGAAGGAGAAGCUAACAACCAUUUUGAUCGUUCUAGGCGCUUGAAGCUUAAAAAUGGAGAUGCACAAGUCAUUUAUGAUUACUUCUGUCGGGUUCAGUUAACAGAUCCAAAUUUUUUCUAUGUGAUGGAUCUCAAUGAUGAAGGGCAUUUGAGGAAUGUGUUUUGGAUUGAUUCUAGGUCUAGGGCUGCAUAUGGUUAUUUUGGUGAUGUAGUAGUGUUGGACACAACAUGCUUGUCAAACAAUUAUGAUAUUCCUGUCUUGGCAUUUGUUGGUGUGAAUCACCAUGGGCAGUCUGUUCUGCUGGGUUGUGGUUUGCUUGCAGAUGAAACGCUAGAAACAUACAUUUGGUUGUUUAGGGCAUGGCUUACAUGUAUGUCUGGUCGGCCUCCUCAAACUAUCUUAACAAACCAGUGCAGGGCCAUGCAAACUGCAAUUGCAGAGGUGUUUCCCAGAGCUCACCAUCGAUUUUGGUUGCCACUUGUAAUGCAAAGCAUGCUUGACAGUUUGAGUGAGUAUCAAGAAUAUGAUGCAUUUCAGACAAUAUUGAGGAGGACAGUAUAUGACUCUAUAAAAGUAGAAGAAUUUGAAAUGGCUUGGGAAGAUAUGAUCCAGCGUUUUGGAGCAAGGGAACAUGAGUGGCUUCGAAUCCUGUAUGAAGAUCGAGAACGUUGGGUUCCAGUAUACUCGAAAGACACAUCAUUUGCUGGAAUGUCCAACUCUGAAAUGGUUGGUACAGUGAGUGCUUUUUUCGACGGUUAUAUGUAUCAACAAACUUCUUUGAAAGAAUUCUUUCACAUGCAUGAGAUAGUUCUACAAAAGAAGCAUCAGAAAGAAGCUCUUGAUGAUCUUGAGUCAAGAGAUUCAAGCGACAUUUUGAAAACAAGUUGCUAUUAUGAGUUGCAGCUCUCUAAAUUGUAUACAAAAGAAAUAUUCCAGAAGUUCCAAGAUGAGGUGGUGAUGAUGUCUUCUUGUUUUAACAUAACACAAGCUCAUACAAAUGGACCUGUUGUAACAUACAUGGUGAAAGAACGUGAUGGAGAGGAGAUUCUGAGGGAUGUCAGGAAUUUUGAAGUUAUGUAUGAUAAAGCAACAGCAGAAGUUCGCUGCAUUUGCAGUUGCUUUAACUUCAAAGGCUAUCUUUGCCGACAUGCAUUAUGUGUCCUUACCUAUAAUGGUUUGGAGGAGAUUCCGUAUCAGUAUAUUUUGUCAAGAUGGAGGAAGGAUUUUAAGCGUUUGUAUGUACCAGACCUUGGCUCCAAUAAUGUUGAUACUACAAACCCGGUACAGUGGUUUGAUCAUUUGUACAGACGAGCCAUGCAAGUUGUUGGGGAAGGGAUGAUAUCACAAGAUCAUUAUAUGGUAGCUUGGCAAGCGUUUAAAGAGUCUUUGAAUAAGGUCCGUCUUGUAGCAGAGAAGCACAUGUAAAGCAGAUAACACUAAUAAUAGUAAUAACAAUGUGGAUAACUCUUUGCGUCAA